UGCUGUUCUUCACACAUACAAACAGAAGAGACACACAGGUCUGAAUGGUGAAAGGAAGGUAAAACCGCCUACAAAAUCGCCUUUUAUAGCGGAAUGUUCACUCGACGGGGUUAUGGAGACGUCAAGAAAUCUACACAGAAAGUUCUGGACCCAAAGAAGGAUGUUUUUACGCGUCUGAAGCAUCUGCGCGCGCUGUUAGAUAUUAUCGACAGGAAUGAACUGAAGGCUUUUUUUGAAACCAACUGCUCACAGAUCUAUUUUAUCUUCUAUGAAAAUUUCAUUACACUGGAAAGUAACUUAAAACAAAAAGGGAACAAAUCUCAACGGGAGGAGCUGGACUCCAUCCUCUUUAUUUUUGAAAAAAUCCUGCAACUUCUACCUGAGAAAAUCAACAGUCGAUGGCAGUAUCACAGUAUAGGUUCUAUACUCAAAAAACUUUUGCACACUGGAAACUCUUUUAAGAUCCGCUGUGAGGGUAUGCGUCUGUUCCUGCUCUGGCUGCAGGCUCUACAGAAUCACUGUGCUGAAGAGCAGCUUCUCAUCUUCGCCUGUCUGAUCCCAGGAUUCCCUGCUGUACCCUCAUCUAGAGGACCCUGCACACUGGACACCAUCAUUUACAACCCCUUCUCCAACCCGCCCGAUGCUAAGAUUGUACCAGAGGAGAUCACUCCGCUGGUGCCUGCAGUUCCUGGAGAGAAGGUGGCGGACGACCACACUUGCUCUGUCCUACAGAUCGUGCUGAAGGUCAUGGUUCUCCAGGCAUCCAGUUUGGACUGGAAAAACAAAGAGAACCAGGACACAGGCUUCAGAUUUCUCUUCUCUCUCUUCAAGAAGUACUACCUGCCUCACCUUUUCCCAACUUUCUCAAAACAUACCAACCUCUACAAGCCACAAUUAGAUCUUCCCAUUCACAGACCAAAGCCCCUGUAUGUUCCAGUGACUCGUAACAAUGAGAGCACGUACUGCACUAGGGAUCAGUAUCUGGCUCCUCGCGUGGCCUUCAUCACGUGGCUCGUCAACUUCUUCCUGGAGAAGAAGUAUGUGAACUCAACCCCGAGCAACUCCAAGAAUGGAGGAGAGGUCCUGCCUAAACUCAUCCAGACUGUGACUGCAGGCAGUAUCAGUCAGGAGAAGAGCAUAGACUCAGAGCCCAAUGGUCCUGUGGAGCAGGAGAAGAAUCACUCAAACAGCAGUACCCUGUCUGACCGCAGGGGCAGCAACUCCAGCCUGUGCAGCAUCGAGGAGGAGCAUUGCGGCGUCUACGACAUGGUGCAGGCCAUCCUCCUCUCCACACGGGACAACGUCAAUUUUGUCAAUGAGGUCUUCCAUCAGGCUUUCCUGCUGCCAUCCUGUGAAGCUUCUGCCACUCGCAAGGUGAUCAAGGUGUACAGGAAGUGGAUUCUACAGGAGAAGCCUGCUUUCAUGGCUGAGCCUGAGACCACAAACCAGGAGGAAGAUGGAGAGGAAGAGCAGCUGGUCACAGAGAAUGACAGUGCACACAUACAGGCCCUGGAGACUCAUGGACACAAGAGAUCGUCCAGCUGGGGGCGCACUUACUCCUUCAGCAGCGCCAUCAGCAGAGGCUGUCUGACAGAGGAGCUCAACCUUGAAGUGAAGGCUGGUAUCCAGUCUGCCCUACAGGUGUUUCUGACAAAUUCUGCGAACGUGUUUCUGUUGGAGCCAUGUCAGGAUGUGCCCAAACUGCUGGAGAAUCAGCUGGAGGUGUGCAGAGCUGUGCUCAGCGUCUACCGCCACAUCAUUAUGGAGCAAAGCAUGAACCGGCAAACCUGGGAGCAGUUGCUGCAGGUGUUGCUGAGGAUCACGGAAGCAGUGAUGAAGAGACCGCAAGAGAACCAAAGGAAAGACACGUUCGCCCACAGCCUAGCCAGCAUCCUCUUCAAAACGAUCUUUGUGGCGUGGGUGCGGGCCAACCUGACUGUGUUCAUCUCCCGGGAGCUGUGGGACGAGCUGCUGGCUGUGCUGUCCUCUCUCAGCCACUGGGAGGAGCUGGUAUUCGAGUGGGCUAGCAUCAUGGACUCCCUCACUGCGGUCCUGGCUCGUCACGUUUACGGCCUGGACCUUCACAACCUGCCGCUGGACAAACUCUCUGAGCAGAAGGAGAAGAAGCAGCGUGGAAGAGGAGUGAUGCCAGAUCCUCACAAGGUCUCAGAAGCGGGACGGUCUUUCUCCUUGAGCUGGAAGAACUCUGGAGAUCAGGUUGGCGCUCAGGAGCCCAUGAGGUUCCGCAGCGCCACAACCACUGGAACUCCAGCGGUAGAGAAAGCUCGCAACAACGUCAGGCAGAAAGCAAAGCGAAGUCAGUCUAUCAGCAACUGUGUGCAUCUUUGUGAGGCUUUGCCGGCCACUAAGAGUGUGCCCAUGCUGCUCCACACUGUCAGCUCUUUCUUACCUGGCAUCUCUCACAACUCUCACUGCUCUCACAGACUCUCAGAUGUGGAAGAGUGUCAGCUGUCGGAAUGUGAGAUGGGGGAUGGGGACAGUCCUCUGCCCCGCAGCAGCAGCACCUCUGACAUCACACAGCAGAUCAACGACACCUUUACAGGUCAGAGGAAAGAUGAGAGUAUGGAUCUGGCCAGAUCAUCUGUGUCGGAAAGCAGCUCUGCAGGGACGAGAGAGAGCGACGCUCCAAUGAUUCUGAUCGAGCGAAGCAACAGUCCAGCAGAUCUGGAUUAUCCAGCAGAAGGAGCUCCAGCUUUCCUGAAGAUGAAACUUAGAGAGAAAAGUGAGAGCGUGAGUAGUGAGACGUCCAAUGGCUAUCUGAAUGAGGCUGAAGUGGGUCUGCUGUCGUGGCACACGCUGGAGGAAGAGCCGGACUCUCCCUCGACUCAAGACGUGAGCAUGAGCAUGAGUGUUACGGCGGACACGGUGAGCCAGAGGAGUCUCCUGCUCAGCCACACUGAAGCACUGGCAGGGUCUCCUCACUUUCCCCCAGUGUCUCCGGCUCUCCUGGUGCCUCAUGGCUGCUGUGAGGGCCCUCAGCUCCUGGAGGAUGCCAUGAAUAUGCCUCAGCAUCUGGACAGCAGUGAGUUUCUGGCUGACGACGUCAGCAUUAUCGCCGGUGGCAGUUUGACCGGUUGGCAUGCAGACUCGGCCUUCGUUCUCUGGAGGAGGAUUCUGGGUAUUCUUGGUGACGUGAACAGCAUCCGCUGUGCCCGCAUCCACGCUAAGGUCUUCAGUUACCUCUAUGAGCUCUGGCACAAGCUGGCCAAGAUCAGAGAUAAUCUUGGGAUCAGAGUGGAUUCAGACACAGCCAUGGUCAAACCCUUGUUCAUCCCUCCUCUGCGUAUGCUGGCCUCCUGGCUCUUUAAGGCGACCAUGCUGCCGUCAGAGUUCAAGGCUGGGAAACUACAGGCGUAUAAGCUGAUCUGUGAGAUGAUGACCAAACAUCAAGACGUGCUGCACAGUGACUUCCUGGUGCAUCGAUACCAUGUCAUGCAUAAAGGAUUCACAAGCGAUGAUCAGGAUGUGUUGAACACAAUGAUCAGGUGGUGCUCACCUCGCUUCUUCUUUCUGGGUCUACCGGGCUUCACCAUGCUGGUGGGAGACUUCAUCACCGCAGCCGCUCGCAUUCUCAACACAGACUCCUUUGAGGCUCCACGGAUCGAGGCUCAGGCUGUUCUUGGAUCGCUGGUGUGGUUCCCGAACCUAUAUCAGCAGAUUCCCUCUCUACAGUCUGUUCCUGGAUCUGAGGAUAUCCUCGUUGGCAAAGAGGACAUGAAGGACUAUCUUGUGAACAUCCUUUUGAAGACUGCACGCAGUGAGACGUGUGAAGGAGCCAGGUGUGUGGCGAUCUGCGGUCUGGGUUUGUGGGUGUGUGAGGAGCUCAGGCAACAGAAAACUCACCAUCAGGUCAAAGAUGCUAUCAACGUCCGUGUCACACUCAAGUUUGGGAAUAAAGUGGUGGCCAACGUGGCAUGCGACAUCUUUCAGCUACUGAUUUCUCACUGGCAGCACUUACAAAGACUGGAACCUUCCCUUCCCAAAAGAAUCAUAGAGAUUUUUGUAGCAACCAUAGCCUUUCUUCUGCCCAGCGCUGAACACUCAAGUGUGGAGGCAGAUAAGAAGUUAAUGGUGUCUCUACUGCUGUGCCUGCUGGACUGGUGCAUGUCUGUACCUCUCUCCAUCCUGCUGGAGCCCAUCACUAUGCCUGUGCUGGACGACCCCACCUCCCAAAAGGCCCCGCUGCUCGACUACAUUUACAGGGUGCUGCACACUUGUGUAUCAGGGUCUAACCUGCACACUCAGCAGAGUCACUACCUCCUCAGCCUGGCUGAUCUAUCAACAGACUACGAACCCUUCCUUAUGCUGGGCAAUGUCAAGAGCUUUGAACCACCGGCCGUACACAAUGCCAUGGGAGAUUUUGGAAAUCUCCUCACUGUGGCUGAAGAAAAGAAAAGGAGAAGCAUGGAGCUGAUACCACUGACUGCUCGCAUGGUAAUGACACACCUGGUCAAUCAUUUGGGCCACCAUCCUCUGAGCGGCGGCCCGGCCCUCUUGAACAGCCUGGUCAGCGAGAACCACGACAACCCCUAUGUAGAGUCUUCAGAGCUCUCAUCCGAGGUCUUCAAGAGUCCCAAUCUGCAGCUCUUCGUCUUCAAUGACAGCACGCUCAUCUCAUACCUGCAGAUCCCCUCUGAUAAUUCCAACACCGCUCCGCUAAGUGCCAACCCCAGGGAUCAUUCCUCUGAGGUCCGUGUCAUCAUCCGGGACAUCUCAGGCAAGUACUCAUGGGACAGCAGCGUUCUCUUCCGCACUUUAGAUGGCACCGGUGUGAAUUCCAGUGACAGCAGAGAUCAGUCCUCUCAUGAAGCUGCUCGCUCAGAAAAACGGAGCUCAGUCCGCUUCAGUAAAUGUUCAUCAGAGCUGGAUGUGGAAGAUGGCGUGGAUGUGCUGGAUCAGCUUCUGGAAGACCUCGGCCACAGCAGUCCCGAGUGUCUGCCGGAACCCCAGCUCAGACUGACCCAGCCACCAUCUCCACCCAUGGGCAUGAACCUGGAGAUAGAGGGGCUCAUCAUGGAGGCCGUCCACAGGCAGUCAAAACAGGAGGAAGAGGAGUUGAUGCGAAGGCAAAUCGAAGACCCCAGUGUCAGAGCAGAGAGGCAGAGAGAGCCAACGCACCAGGAGCCCAAAUCCCCAUUCUACCUAUGCAGACUCCUCCUCAAUGACCUCGGCAUGAACUCAUGGAAUCGCAGAAAGAGCUUUCAUCUCCUGAAGAAGAACUCCAAGCUUUUGAGAGAGCUGAAGAAUUUGGACUCAAGACAGUGUCGAGAGACACACAAGAUAGCAGUCUUCUAUAUUGGAGAAGGACAAGAGGACAAAUAUUCCAUUCUGUCCAAUACACAGGGCAGUCAGGUUUAUGAGGACUUCGUCUCUGGACUGGGAUGGGAGGUGAAUCUGGCCACUCACUGCGGGUUUAUGGGUGGUUUGCAAAGAAAUGGCAGCACAGGAAGCACAGCUCCAUAUUACGCUACCUCCAAUGUGGAGGUCAUCUUCCACGUGUCUACUCGGAUGCCUUCUGACUCUGAUGACUCCAUCACUAAAAAGCUUCGUCACUUGGGAAACGACGAAGUGCACAUUGUGUGGUCGGAGCACACACGGGAUUACCGGCGAGGAAUCAUCCCCACCGACUUUGGAGAUGUCCUCGUCAUCAUCUACCCCAUGAAAAACCACAUGUUUUUUGUUCAGAUCAUGAAAAAACCCCAGGUUCCUUUCUUUGGGCCUCUGUUUGAUGGGGCGAUAGUGACUGGAGAGUUGUUGCCGAGUCUGGUGCGGGCCACGUGCAUCAAUGCCAGCAGGGCCGUGAAGUCUCGUCUGCCACUUUACCAGAGUUUUUAUGAGGAGAGAGCGCUGUAUCUGGAGGCCAUCAUUCAGAACCACAAGGAGAACAUGACCUUCGAGGACUUCGCUGCUCAGGUCUUCUCUCCAUCUCCCAGCUACUGGCCUUCUGGAGGUGCAGCAGGCAGGCGUUGGCCAGGGAUGCUUUGGGACGUGGAUUACCUGUGGGCCAAGCUGGACUGAUCCCUCAGCUGCAGCACGAGCGCUGACCUCAGUGUUUCUGUGAUGACCAAUGACUCCGUUGACCAGGUUUCACCCACAAUACCACGCGCCACCAAGAACCGGGUUUCUGGAAAACUGCGGCGCUCAGCUAGUGCCAUCAGCAAAUCCUCCAACUGAACACUUCCUCCGGCCAGCAGACUGCACUGUCCCUCAGCUGUGUGGAUGAAUGUAUUAUUUGACCGUCACCUCUUUCAUCUGUAACUGUUUUUAGUUAUUCCGAUUUGAAGCCGGGUAGCAUUGAAAGUGAAUGUUGUCGCAAAAUGAUGUAGCUUCACCUGUCGCGCAGAAAGAAAAUCCGAACUGAAUGAGAAUAAUUUAUGUUGAAGCAAUUCUGUAAAUGUGAAUUUAAUCAUGUUUUUUUGUAGUAACACUGCAUUUAGAUUUCCCCCUAAAAUUGCCUUGCAAUGAGGUAACAAAUGAUGUAAAACAUUUCAAAACCCCUCAGGCUUUAGCUAGAUUUUAAUGCUACAGUUGUCCGGUUUUUCAAGCUUUUGUUCAUGUCAAACACUGAAAACCGAACCACACAAGGGUCCCGUCUUAGUGUUCAUACAGUCUGGGAGAAUACUGACAGCUUUUAUUAAUGUGACUGCAAUGAAAUCCCUUGUGUUAUCAUGAUACUUUUCGUUAUUGUUACUUUUAAGCAACUUGUUUGAUUGUUUUAUGAAAUUGAUUUAUGCAAAUUGAUUUAUUAAGUGCUGAACUGAAAGGAGUUUGUCUUUAGUCGAGGUGUAGCAUGAAAUGUAUGAACUGUCAUGUAAAUCUACUCUAACAUUCCAAUGGUUUUGCACUCACUCGGUGGAUGAAGAUGCCCUAAAUCGACGUUUAUUCUGUUCUUCUCUCCGCGUUUGGAUGUACAUUGAUUUUAUUUGUUUUGAUUAUAUUUAUAUUUGUUUGACGUUGUAUAUAUCCGCCAUCGUGUAACAGAGGAAAAGCCUCCAGCUCCUCAGGUAAAGCGUGUAUGAAGGUGUCUGUUCACAGUGCCUGUCUGUGUUUCCUCCAUUUCUGUUCGCGGUGUUUUUCACCGCAAUUUUAAUUACCCCCACACUUUCGCUUUGCUCGGCUGCCGAGAGAGAGAAAGAGAGGCGCACGAGUUUUACAUUUCAUUGGAGUGAGUUGAAUGAGAUUGUGUGUAUUUUGUGAGAGCUGCUUGUGUGUGAUUAGAUGCUGGAUGGGGCUUCUCUUCCACCUGCUUCCCCAUUCCCCGUGUGCCUCUCCGAGUGCCCUUUAGCGAAGCAGCAUCAGGAUCAUCAUAAUGCCAGCGUCUCUCUCUCUCUCUCUCUCUCUCCCCCUCUGCCAACGCCCUUUGUUUCCGUCGAGACCCGCUGAUUGCCAUGGAGCCCAGGUGUUGCCCAGGACACAUGUUGCACUACUUUGCCUUACCUGUUCACUGCUCUGUGUUUUAUUUGGCCUCGUUCAUUUUCCCUCUCUUCCAAAUCUCUAAGUUACAUAGGGGGCAUGGAUAAUAAAAUCCUGACGAAUGUAUGCAAACCCGAAGUUCAUGUAGACGCCCAUUUUGGGGUAAAAAAAUCUGCCACUGGCCUAACUUCUCUUCAACCACAUGUUUAUUGUAGACUUUUGCUGUUAGCCUCGUAUAUCGUGUCUCUCUUUUCUUUCUUUUUGAAUGUUUUCCGAAUUCCGAAGGAUAUAAAUAUAUAAUAUGCCUGUAAUAUAAUCUUUGUAAACGACACUGAGGAUAAAGGAAGCUUGAAGAUUUUUGUCUUGACUUGUUAACAUAUCAGACUGUUUUUAAUAGAAAAUGUAAUCGCUUUAUCUUUACUAGAAAUGUGAAGAAAUCGAAACAUUUCAUUAAAUCCAUUUGAAGUUCAUGUUUA